CAGGGUAGCAUAGUGGAUGAGCCAUGGCUCUGCUGCUGGACAGUUCCCACACCACAGCAGCCUACUAUUGCCUGAUCCGCCGCAGGUUUAGGAGGAGGCGAAAGAAACGCUCUGAGCGCAAAGGUCGAGUAGGAGCCCGGCCACCUCGAAACCAACAGAGGCUGCUCACCACAGAGGAGGGGGGAGCAGAGAGCAUGAGUUCAUGCAGCACAGAUGUUAAGGAAAAUCGGAACUUGGACAACCUCUUCUCCAAAGAGGGUGUUGCAGCUGAGGCUGCUCAACUCCCCAAUGGGAGUGGUGUGGGUGGGAGGAAACGUCCCUUAGAGGAGGGCAAUAAUGGGCAUACACAUUCCAAGUACAGGCCAAAGAAACGUAAGAAAGUCCCUGGUCCCAUUCUGCCUAAGAAUGCCCUCAUGCAGCUGAAUGAGAUCAAGCCAGGGCUGCAGUACAACCUGCUCUCUCAGACGGGUCCAGUCCAUGCCCCUGUCUUUGUCAUGACUGUGGAGGUCAACGGGCAGCUCUUCGAGGGUUCAGGUCCUACCAAGAAGAAAGCCAAGCUGAAUGCAGCAGAGAAGGCCCUGUGCUCCUUUGUCCAGUUUCCUAACACAUCUGAAGCCCACAUGGCCAUGGACCGGACUCUGUCUUUUCACACAGACUUCACCUCAGACCAGGCUGACUUUCCGGACAUGCUCUUUAACGCGUUUGAGACAUCCACCCCUGUAGAUGACUCCUUUUACCUUGCUUCCAACAGUAACAGUUCCUUCAGCUCAAUGGGAAUAGAGUACCCAUUGCUACCCUUCCCUGUCCCAAACCUGGUCCAGGCUCCAAAACAUUCUGCCCCCUCAACCUUCAUCUCCUCUACAAGCAGCAAGAACCCUCUGAUGAUCCUGAACGAGUUGCGGCCGGGUCUCAAGUAUGACUUUGUGUCGGAGAGUGGGGAAAGCCAUGCCAAGAACUUUGUCAUGUCAGUGACAGUGGACGCUCAGAAUUUUCAGGGUUCUGGGCGGAACAAGAAGCUGGCCAAGGCCCGGGCUGCCCAAGCUGCUCUGUCUGCUCUGUUUAACAUGCAGCUGGAUCAGGGUCCAUCACGGAAACCUAUACCAAGAGAGGGACUGCAGCUUCACCUGCCACAGGUCCUGGCAGAUGCUGUCUCUCGUCUGGUCAUUGACAAGUUCAGCGAACUGACCGACAACUUCGCAUCUCCACAUGCUCGGCGGAAAGUUUUGGCAGGUGUCGUCAUGACGACAGGUGCAGAUGUGAAGGAGGCUCAGGUCAUCUGUGUGUCCACGGGAACUAAGUGUAUUAAUGGUGAAUACAUGAGCGACAGAGGUUUGGCCCUCAACGACUGCCAUGCUGAGAUUGUAGCUCGAAGGUCACUCAUCAGGUACCUUUACUCCCAGAUGGAACAUUUCCUCAGUAAUAUUGAAGAGGAGCACCAGAAAUCCAUCUUAACCAGGUGUGACAACAGACAAGGCUUCAGAGUGAAGGAAAAUGUCCAGUUCCACCUGUACAUCAGCACCUCCCCCUGUGGAGAUGCCCGCAUCUUCUCUCCUCAUGAAGCUGGAGUGGAGGAUCAGGGAGACAGACACCCGAACAGAAAGGCCCGUGGGCAGCUCCGCACUAAAAUUGAGUCUGGUGAAGGAACCAUCCCAGUACGCUCCAGUAACACCAUUCAGACAUGGGACGGGGUACUUCAGGGUGAGAGGCUUCUCACCAUGUCCUGCAGUGACAAGAUUGCCAGGUGGAAUGUGGUUGGUUUCCAAGGUUCUCUGAUGAGCUACUUCACAGAGCCAAUCUACUUCUCCAGCAUCAUCCUGGGCAGCCUGUACCAUGCCGACCACCUCUCCAGAGCCAUGUACCAGAGGAUUACUGAGAUUGAGGACCUGCCACAGCCUUUCAGCUUGAACAGACCACUGCUCAGCGGAAUAAGUAACGCUGAGGCUCGUCAGCCAGGAAAAGCACCAAACUUCAGUGUGAAUUGGACAGUGGGAGAUCAAGGGCUGGAGGUGAUCAACGCCACCACAGGGAAAGAUGACCUGGGUCGACCCUCCAGACUCUGUAAACACGCCUUCUACAGACGCUGGAUGCGUUUGUACUGCAAGCUCUCCUCCACCCUGCGGAUAAAAACAGUAAGGCCCAGCGGCUACCAUGAGGCCAAGCAGGCAGCAGUGGCGUACCACUCCGCCAAGCAGACCCUCUUCAGAGCCUUCCACAAAGCUGGACUAGGUGCCUGGGUGAAGAAACCGAUAGAGCAGGACCAGUUUGCUCACUCCCACCUGAGCACCUGAGUUAGUGCUGGCCUGUUGGUGGUGAGGGAUACUGUUGGCUUUACUUUCUGACACAGUUUCAGUCAGUU